CUCUUCUCCACCUCUCUCAACAUCAAACACAGCUUAAUUAGUCUCUUCAGAUCACAAACACUCUCUCUCGAAGCAUUAUUAGCUAUAAUAUUAUGGCGAGAUCAAUCUUUGUUCCGAGUGUGAUGAUCAUGAUGAUGAUGAUGGCGAUCUCAUUAGGUAGCUCUGAAGCAGGGCCGAGCACAUACAAUGUGGUCAGUUUAGGUGCCAAAGGAGACGGCAAAACUGACUCUACUAAAGCCUUCUUGGCCGCAUGGUCCAGUGCAUGUGGCUCGGCCGACCACGCCAUCAUCUACGUGCCACCCGGGAGAUUCUUACUGAGAAAUGUGGAUUUCAAUGGUAAAGGUUGCAAGAACAAAGAUAUCUCAUUUCAAAUUGCGGGCACCCUCGUGGCUCCGUCGGAUUACCAGGCUAUUGGAAGCUCUGGUAACUGGAUCUUCUUUCAAGAUGUUAAUGGGGUCAGCUUUUCCGGCGGAGUUCUUGAUGGUCAAGGCACUGGUCUCUGGGAUUGUAAGAACUCAGGCAGGAGUUGCCCCAUCGGAGCCACGACACUGGAAUUUUCCAACUCGAACAACAUAAAAAUCGCAGGAGUAACAUCCCUCAACAGCCAAAUGUUCCACAUCGUCAUCAACGGCUGCAACGACGUCAAAAUCCAAGGCGUGAAGGUCACAGCUUCGGGAAACAGUCCCAACACCGACGGCAUCCACGUCCAGCAAUCCUCCGCCGUCUCGAUUCUCAACUCCAAGAUCGGAACCGGCGACGACUGCAUCUCGAUCGGACCCGGCACCACCAAUCUCUGGAUCGAAAACGUUGCGUGCGGACCAGGCCACGGAAUCAGCAUAGGCAGCCUCGGAAAGGAGCUGAACGAGGCCGGCGUCCAGAACGUGACGGUGAAAACGACGACGUUUAAAGGGACUCAAAACGGGCUGCGGAUUAAGUCGUGGGGAAGACCGAGUAAUGGGUUCGCUAAGAACAUUCUGUUCCAACAUGCUGUGAUGGUUGAUGUUGAGAAUCCGAUUUUGAUCGACCAGAACUAUUGUCCCGACCACAAGGGGUGCCCUGGUCAGAUGUCGGGUGUUAAAGUGAGCGAUGUGACGUACCAAGAUGUGCAUGGCACUUCGGCGACGGAGGUGGCUGUGAAGUUCGAUUGUAGUUCUGGAAACCCUUGCAGUAGAAUCAAGCUUGAGGACGUUAAGCUUACUUAUAAGAAUCAGGCUGCCGAGGCUUCGUGUAGCCACGCCGAGGGAACUGCUUCCGGACUGGUUCAGCCUUCGAGUUGUUUGUGAGGAAAAAUACUGAAUUUGAGGCAUGGUGGGAUUGAAAACUAUAUAUAUUGACCUAUGUUUACUAGCUAUAGCUUUGUUUAGGACCUUUUAGUGUAAUAUAAAAAUAAAAGAAAAAGGUAAAUUAGAACAAAUCCUACCUACCCUAUAUACCAUAUUGAUACUGAUACGAGUGUUAAUAUAGUUUGUUGCUUGAGCCUAGCGUCCUCGUAGCCUGGCCAUGCAAUAAUUUUCAAACCCAUCAAAUCGCUUCUAGCUAUGUGGGAGCUGUUUAAUGAUUUCGAUCAUGUUAC